AUGUACAAGUCUAAAGAGUUCGAUGAUGCAGUUAGUAAACUUGUAGCUAUAUCGACCGAUGCACAUGAUUGGUUGUUACACAAGUCCGACAUUGAUCAUUGGUGUAACUAUUUAUUCAAGGGUAUGCGGUGGUGUGAAAUGUACUCUAAUGUAGUGGAGUCUUUCAAUGCCUGGAUCAAAGAGGCAAGGCAUCUACUGAUACUCAAGAAGGUUAAACAAAUGGUCGAAAUCAGUCAGUUUUCGAGGGUGGGUCGAUCAAGCGAUGACAAUUAUGAAGUGGUUGAUGAGCACAAUAAUGCCGUCAACCUACGCUUACGUAAAUGUUCUUGUAGGAGAUGGGACAUACAUGGACUGCCAUGCAAGCAUGCAACUGCUAUGAUAAUGCAAACAGACACAAAUGUGCACUACUAUGUCGACCAAUAUUUUACAGCAGAAUCGUAUCAUCGUGCAUAUGCCGAACCAAUAUACCCAAUCCCUGACAGUGAAAAGCCAUCGGAUGAUGCUUGUCAACUGAGAAUGCGACCACCGAUAGCAAAGAAAUGA